UGCCAAGAUUGCCGGUGCGGGCAUAAUUUGAUUAGUCAUUUAUUUCUCUUAGUAUUUUAUACUUGUGUUUAUGUUAUACGUAUCUUGUUGUUUAUAACGAAACCGACGUAUUUUUAGUUCUUGUAAAACUAACAUCUUCGCUCGGCGAAGGUGACCUGAAAAUGAGCAAGUUCCUCUUAUUCUUCGUGGCGGUGAGCGCCACGUGCGUGGCGGGAUUCCUUCGAGUCCCCCUGUACCGCAUGCAAACAGUGCGCGGCAAGCUGCAAGAGGUUGGCACUGAGCUGCAGACUGUGCGCAUCAAGUACACUGUAAAGGGGCCUGCCCCCGAGCCACUCUCCAACUAUCUUGAUGCCCAAUACUACGGCCCGAUCACGAUCGGCAACCCGCCGCAGACAUUCAAAGUGGUGUUUGACACGGGCUCCUCCAACCUCUGGGUGCCAUCCAAGAAGUGCCACUACACCAACAUAGCCUGCUUGCUGCACAAUAAGUAUGACAGCUCCAAGUCGAACUCGUACCGCAAGAACGGCACCGAGUUCGCGAUCCACUACGGCUCCGGCAGCCUCUCAGGGUUCCUGUCCACCGAUGACGUCACCGUGGGGGGCAUCACGGUGCGCGGGCAGACGUUCGCGGAGGCGAUGUCGGAGCCCGGGCUGGCCUUCGUGGCCGCCAAGUUCGACGGCAUCCUCGGCAUGGCCUUCAACACCAUCUCUGUGGACGGCGUGAGGCCUGUGUUCGACAACAUGGUGGCGCAGGGGCUCGUCAAGCCCGUCUUCUCCUUCUAUCUCAACAGAGACCCGUCAGCAGCGCAGGGCGGCGAGGUGAUCCUGGGCGGGUCGGACCCGGCGCACUACCGCGGCAACUUCACGUACGUGUCCGUGCGCCGCCCCGCCUACUGGCAGUUCCGGCUCGACACCGUCGUCGCUCGCUCGCACUCCUUCUGCGAGGCCGGCUGCGAGGCGAUCGCGGACACGGGCACGUCGCUGAUCGGGGGCCCCACGGCCGACAUCGCCGCCCUCAACCAGGCCCUCGGCGCCACGCCCAUCGCCUUCGGCCAGUACGCCGUCGACUGCAGCCUCAUCCCGCACCUGCCGCAGGUCUCGUUCUCGAUCGGGGGCAAGGAGUUCACGCUUGACGGCGUGGACUAUAUUCUAAGAGUGUCCCAAUUCGGCAAGACGGUGUGCUUGUCCGGGUUCAUGGGGCUGGACAUCCCGCCGCCCAACGGCCCCCUCUGGAUCCUCGGCGACGUCUUCAUCGGCAAGUACUACACAGAGUUCGACGUCGCCAACAAGCGGCUCGGGUUCGCGGUCGCCGUGUGAGCUCCUGCAACCUAUGUCAUAUAUCUUAUUUUAUUGUUUAUUUUUAUUUCAAACAGGGAGCCAAAAGUUUCACAUAGUAUGCUUUCGAAAGAUCACAAUUUUAUUAUUAUAAUUCAGUUUCAGUUUUGAAAACAUGUUUAAAUCUGAACCAAAAAUAGAUAAAAAGUAAUCACUCCAUUGUCGCGCUCUCCUGUUUAAUAAUUGUGAAUUACACACGUCUCUAAUUCUAAUAUCAUGAACAUUUAUCUCACAAUAAUAAGCACUAAAUCAGUUUUACAAAAUACAAAUAAUGUGGCCACAUUAUUGUGAUUUGCUAUGUUUACUUAAGCUACCCUUUCUCACAUGAAGAGAUUUUCACAGCGAGCGAAAGAUAUAAUUCGUCCGAUAUAUGUUGGCUAUACAGUUCGUCGAAUGACAUUGCACGAAACAUUUACAGGAAGUAUACUUACGAACCCUCGACUGGAACAUAAGAAGGCUAAAUGUGCCUAGUUAUUUUGUUUAUGCCGGGUUGUAAACAUGUAUUGCAGGUAUAAACAUCCCAGCUAAUUUAUCUUAAACGUGUGUAUUUCAUUUACUUUGUUAUAGAUAUAUAUUUUUACGUUUUGUAUAGGAAUUCAUAAUAAUUAGCUACAUUUUCAUAUAGAUGUCACACCAAAGAGUUUGGAAAUGGUGAUAGGUUAGAGGCUUGAGCAUAUUUUUGUACGGACAUUCCAUAGCUCUCACGUGUACUGCAGGCCAUGACAGUGUUUACUGUACAGAGGUAACGAUUGUCAUUUUGGUUGUAGAUACGGUUGUUUAAGAAGUCAUUUUAGAUGAAAUAAUAAAUGUUAUUCACCAGG